AUCUCCAGAGAUUGAUAGAAGACCUGAAGAUUGCACUAGAUGACCCUGCCAAACUGGAAGUGUUUGAGUUUGUGAGGCCCCUAAUCCCGGCGAAGCACCAACUGGAGUUUGACCGACUGGCCCCUACACCUCCCGGACGUGGCAAGCGCAUUAUCAACCUUCGUCGCCGUGCAAAUGAAAGUCUGGGAUUCGCUGUCAGGGGAGGAUUUGAACAUGGGAUUGGAGUGUUUGUGUCUCAUGUGGACCCAGGUUCCCAAGCUGAGCGACAGGGACUACGGGUAGGAGAUGAAAUUGUGAGAGUGAAUGGUUACACCAUCUCCCAGGCAAUCCAUGAAGAGGUCCUCAACCUUAUAAAGGGUCGGGAUGCAGUGGAGCUCAAGGUUACAAAUAUAGGAAUGCUGCCUGUCAAAGAGAAGCAAGGAGAUGAUUUGACUUGGAAAUUUGUGGAGAAAAGGGACCGAAAGAAAAGUGUCGUGAAGACACAGCACCGAACAGCACCUGAGGAGGAGGGAGAAAUUGUAAAAUUGUUUGCCAAUCUCCGCACGUCACCCUCUCUCGGCUGUAGAAUUAUGAGUGGUCCCCAUGGUCGUGGAAUAUACAUCCAGAGGGUCGGGCCACAGAGCUUGGGGGAGCAAAUCGGCCUGGAAAUUGGAGAUCAGAUUCUGGAUGUCAAUGGUAUAAGCUUCCUGGACGUGACACAUAACGAGGCCAUUGUAGCGCUUAAGAGCAGCAAGGAACUUAAUCUUGUCAUCAGAAAAAAGUCGGGACUUCACAUAGUAGGCCUACAAUCCGCUGCAGCCAACACUCAUACACCGCUGCCAAAAGAACUUCCAAAACAAGAUAGGGUCCAGCUGAAUCAACAAUAUGAUGAGGAACCUGCAUAUGCUGUGGUUGUUAAGGAAAAGAAAGUAGCACCAUCUCCAACUGGAGCUCCAGCCCCCGCCCCUGCCUCCUCCCCACCACCGCCACCACCACCCCCACCACCUGUCGAACAGAUCACAGACAGGUAUAGCAGUUACAGCUAUGACCAGGAUGAUGACGGUGAUGAAAAUGUUAUGGAAAUAUUUUGAAGAAUUAUAUAAAUGUUUCUUUAUUUUUGUUAUACUAUACAUCAAUCUAUACACUGAUGACAUUUUAAUUAAAUUUCUAGUCAAGUUUGAUUUAAAUAAUUAUAUGUAUUAAUUACAAAAUGAUGGUUUUACGUUUAAAUCAAUUCAUAUCUAAAUGUUUCCAGUAACUACAUACGUAUAUGCCUGUCAUAAGAAAUUUUUUUCUGUUAUAGAAAAAGUUAAGAUCAUGUAAAGAAUUUAAAUCUGUUAUCUAGAAACUGUUCCCAAGAACAAAACUUUGAGAGCCUAUUAAAUCCGUGAUAAUGUCUUACUGACAUUAUUUAACUAAUCGAAGGGAGAUAAUUCUGAUAAUGUGUUUCUGACAUUCUUUAAGUAAUCGAAUGGAGAUAAUUCUGAUAAUGUGUUACUGACAUUAUUUAACUAAUCAAAGGGAGAUAAUUCUGAUAAUGUGUUACUGACAUUAUUUAACUAAUCAAAGGGAGAUAAUUCUGAUAAUGUCUUACUGACAUUCUUUAAGUAAUCAAAGGGAGAUAAUUCUUAUAAUGUGUUACUGACAUUAUUUAACUAAUCAAAGGGAGAUAAUUCUGAUAAUGUGUUUCUGACAUUCUUUAAGUAAUCGAAUAGAGAUAAUUCUGAUAAUGUGUUACUGACAUUAUUUAACUAAUCAAAGGGAGAUAAUUCUGAUAAUGUGUUACUGACAUUAUUUAACUAAUCAAAGGGAGAUAAUUCUGAUAAUGUCUUACUGACAUUCUUUAAGUAAUCAAAGGGAGAUAAUUCU